UAACAUAACGACCUGCUGACGCACCAGUAACGACAAUGUCCUUUGCUCACAGGUGGAAAAAACCUGUUGGUUUGUGCGAGUAGGCGCUUCGUUUUGGCUUGGUGAAUUGGAAGUUUAUAUAAAGAAACCGAUGGAUAAAGUUAAAUCACAUUACUAGCAUUGUCAUACGGUAUUUUUGUGUGUGAUUUCUAUUGUGGAUAAAUCCGACUUUCAAGUUUUUAACUAUCUCGGUUAUAUUCUCACGUCGAACGAGGUGCAAUCUGUUUAUCACGGAAGAUCUCUUCUCCUAUCAAAUUCCUUGAAAUGGAUGACGACGGAAUCGAGAGUUAUGACUGUGAGAAGCACGAAGCGAGAAAGCGUAAAGGAGCACAUUUAGAAGCGCUAUUCGCGGAAAAAACCAUGAAAAGCUCUAAAGCUAACUACGCCAAUAGUAUUACGGAGGGAAUUACGGAUGAAUCGAGUGUGAACAUUGCAUCCAUAACUGAUCCUGAAAUGUCCUCUCGUACUGAAGUGGAAUCCUCUGUCAACUCUAUACGAAUGUACUCACCCAACUCCACGCGCUCCUAUGACAACGAUGGACAAAAUGAAAACGAAAUCAAUCUAGUGCGUACAUCUUCAGAAAGUCUCAUGGCUCCCACGAGCAGUCCUAUUGCUGUACACCGUGCUGUACUUCCCGGAAUGGCCAAAGUCCGACAGAAAGAGUGAAUGAUAUCGACUUCGACGGCUCAUCUCGCUAUUCCAGUCACAGCACGUCCCGAGAGUCUGAUCGCCAUACUCCGCAACAAAGUUCCAAGGACCAUGAAGACUUCGUUCCAUUUCAAUCUAGUUCAGAAACAAGAUUAGGUGCUGUUGUACCGGAACACAAAAGCUCCGACUUUCUUACAAAUGUUACUGUGAAACAAGAACCGGCUGAGGAUACUUGCCCAGUUGAAGUGUUGCCAAUUCAAAAAAUGACAGAAAGUUCUCCCAAAGAUAGCAAAGAGAUCGGCGAAGAUUGCCUGAAAUUCUUGUUGUUCUCUGGUAAACUCUAUCAUUGCGAAAAAAUAUCUGAUCUCACCGACUCAUUCUCGAGAUUGAUUGGCGAUAGUGUCCUUGGAAGGAAAGGUAAGGUCGUUGUUUUGCUUCUCUUUCACAAAACGCUACGUGAAGUAUUGAACUACGCCGUCGGUGUUGUGGACCAUUAUAUGAUCGAGGAGCACAACGUCGUUGUGAAGAUGAUCAAACAUCAUACAUACCCUACAUCUACGGCAGACGUAGAAAAGAUCGCUUCGAAGUUGAGCGUCGGCUCUAGAAAACUUCUUUAUAAUCUGCAACCGCUAAACGGACCAGUGUACGGUGAGCUUGUGAAGAUUCUGGAUGGAUUUGGAGCUAACUCUUCGGUGGAUCACGCUAAGAUUAGCGAAUUUAAUGCGAUGGUCAAUGCAAACGCCGACCGACUUGAUGGCAAGAUUUCGAACGCUCUUGGCCGACUCGCCUAUCCCCAUAGAGGAAAUCUUAACAUUGGUUUAGUCUCGUCCGAUUGCACACGCAUCACAUCACGAUAUCCUUUAGGCAACUCUCGGUACAGCCCCUUGCAAAUCAUCACACCACUACUUCUCACUAUUCGCAUGAGAUAUCUCACGGGGGGGACUCGCGUGAGAUGUCAAGUGACUUGGGAUAUGACAGCGCAUACCUAUCAAGACACAAUGUGCAUUACCAUAAAGAGAGACGUCACGUGAAUACUGUGUCAGCCAAUCAGACUGUGCGAAUCACUCCAAGAACUGCAUACAGUAAUAUCGACCACCGUACUGUAUCGGCAGUACCAAUUGCUCCGAAACCUCGAUUUGGUUCACUUGAAGAGGGAUCCAUUGUCACUCAACGACGCAACGUGGAAGAUCUUCAAACAGUAGCCGAAUUGUGCAAAGAAAAAAUGAAACGAGAUAUGGCCGAACAGGAAUUGAAAUCCAUAAAAGCUGCGUUUGAGGAAUUCAAAACCCAGAUGCAAAAGCAUCUUUCGCAAGUCGAAGAACGCAUGGUCUUACUACAGGCCGAAAACAGAUCUCUCAAAGGUAAACUUUCCAACAUGCAUCAAAACAAUGGUUUCGCUGAAAAGAAAUAUCACGAACUACGAAGUCAACUCGAGGAUCUUUUGAAGUCGACUUAAAGGAGGUUCAAUUGUUUUUCCGUGUAGUAAAAAUCAUGUGCGACCACAAGAACAAGUGAAGAAGGUACGAGCUACACGAGUUCCACUAACUUCGAAAAUUUCAAUUCGAACCUGUAAUGUCACCUGAAUUUUUACAAAAUUUUGCGACAAAAAAACCAAUGGUGUCUGUAUCAGCAGGAUGCUUGUCUUUACUCCUAAUCUCCUCGCUUAUAUCUAAUGGAUCAAAUCUUUGAACUAAAAAUCUUUGUUGAUCAUCGAGACCACAAUUCGCCAAACCAACACCUCCAACAUGGAUAUCCUGUUAAUUACGGAAAGCCUUGUGCAUAAAUUAGAUGUAAAGAAAAACAUUGAACUGAAUAUAACUGGAAUGCCAUCUCCACCUA